AUGAAAAAAUUAAUAGUUCGAGUGUUUCACAAGAAACAAGACGAAAAGAUAGUAAGGAAGAUAGAAGAAAAAGGGAGUAAAGGAGUGUUUGUAAGAGAAAAGCCAGUUUUUUGUAUGCCAAGGAAUGGGAAUCGAGUUAAAGGACUUAUAGAUGGAGAAGAAGCGAUGAAAGAGAUAGGGGAGAGUAUAGACCAAGCGAAAGAGAGUAUAUAUAUAACAGAUUGGAGAAUAGAUCCUGAGAUAAUUUUAAUAAGAAGAGGAGUCCAUUGGCUAAAAGGAAAGACAUUAAAAGAAAUACUUGAGAAGAAAGGAGAAGAAGGAGUUAGUAUUAAAAUAAUAAUAUAUGAGUCACCAUUUUUUAUGGAUGUUGUCAAAGGAGAAAAAAAGAGAAAUAUCUUAGAAGAAAAAGAGAAGAUAGAGUGUUAUUGUCAUAAAUGGAUGAUGGGAUAUAGUCAACAUGAGAAAACAGUAAUUGUUGAUCAUAAAAUUGGAUUUUUAGGAGGGAUUGAUUUAGCACAAGGAAGGUGGGAUACAAGAAGACAUUUUAUAGAAGCCGACAUUAAAGAGAAAGGAGAAGAAAUAUUUAAAGAAGAAUGUUAUAAUACAAUGAUAAAUAAAGAAGAAAAGCAAGAAAAGAUCCGAUUACCAUGGCAUGACAUUCAUUGUAAAAUAGAAGGAGAAGCAGUUAAUGACAUAGAAAGGAAUUUUAUAGAGAAAUGGAAUAAAAUAUGUAAAGUAGAAGAAAGAAUAAUAAAACAAAAAGAAGGAAGAAAGGAAAUAAUUGGGACGAUGUCAGUUCAAAUAGUUAGAUCUAAUUCAAAAGAAGCAGGAGGGAGAUAUAAAGUUGAAAGAGGAUGUUAUGAAGGAAUAGUUAGAAUUAUUGAACGAGCUGAACAUUAUAUUUAUAUUGAAGAACAAUUUUUUAUUUCCAAUUAUGGAAGUAAAAGAAUAUGGAAUUUAAUAAGUUUCAUAAUUGGGAAUAAAAUAAUUGAAGCAUAUAGAAAGAAAGAAAAGUUUAAAGUAAUUAUUGUAGUUCCACUAUGGAGUGAAGGAGAAUUAGAAUCAAUCAUUGUUAAAUCUAUUAUGGAAUUAUUUAGAAAAACAAUCAUAAGUGGGAAAUUAAGUUUAAUUCAAAGAAUGAAAAAAGAAGGGAUUAAAGAUAUAGAGGAAUAUCUUAAAAUAUUAACACUUUAUACAUUUGGAAAAAAGAAACAAGAAGGAAAAGAAGUAAUUGUUGGGUCACCAAUUUAUGUUCAUAGUAAAUGUAUUAUUGUUGAUGAUCAAUAUGUUUUUAUUGGAAGUGCUAAUAUUAAUGAUAGAUCACUUAUAGGAGAAAGAGACAGUGAAAUUGGAGCAAUUAUUGUUGAUUCCAAUAAAAUUCAAAUUUCAAUCAAUGGAGAAAGAAAAUUUGUUAAUGAAUUUGCAUUAAAUCUUAGAAGUAGAAUUUGGGCAGAACAUUUAAAUCUAGAAGAGUCUCAAAUUAAAAUGGUUGAAGAUCCUAUUAAAAGUAUUGAGAAAGUCAUUUGUCCUAUUAGUGAGAAAAACACAAAAGUUUAUGAACGACUCUUUGAGUACUUUCCAUCUAAUAAAUAUCCUAAAUUUGUUGACUGUAAAAAACAUCUUUAUCCACCAUUAAUAGGUGAUAAAAAGGAACUAAAAGACAUUAAAGGACAUUUUAUUAAAUUUCCAAUAGGAUUUGGAAAAGAAGAAAAAGCAUCUCUUGGAGUUGGGAAAGUAAUGGUAGAAUAA